AUGUGGCACCUCGCGACUGUGAACAGUCCCUAUACACUCUGGUGUAGCGAUGGAAAGCCUAUUGACGCGAUUCGAGGCGGCGUUGGCGAGUCCUCGAGAUUCAUUGUUGAUGGGCAAGGGUUUCUGGAUAUUACUGAGUUGAAGGUCAUGGGAGAAGAGGCAGAAUGGAUCCUGAUUGACUCAAGACUAAAUUCAACAGACGAGGAGAUUGCCUCUGUUUUUAAUGUCAACGGCCUGAGACUAUGGAAAGGCCUUGAUCAUGAACCAUCCGACCUAUCUCUGGCCCUCCAUCUUGAGAUAGAAACGAACGGAAAAUUCAACUUGUUCAUGAUAUCAAAUACUGAAGAUUCCACGGGUCGUAUAGAAGAACAGACCAGUUCCACACCAUUGCUCGACCUCACACUCUCUUCACAGCAUAUGGCCAGUGGAGACUUGAAACCACUACCCCAAGUGUCAGCACUCGACGCAGCCUUCUUUGACUCCAUGAUCACCGACAAGCUCGUACCAUACCCCGAAAUCGGCGAUGCCCCGGGAAAGAGCGAAGACGAGAUUCGCGCACUAGGACAACAGUUAUUCCCAUUCUCCCCAUACUCCUUCCAACUCGCCAUGGCCGUCUAUGACUGGACAACAGCCUCAUUCAGCCGUAUGGUUCUAUUAAACAUGUUUCAAUACACAGCUCUUGAACUCCAGCACACUACUCCCCGGGAUCAGCAAAGCAUCGCAAAAGCAAUCUGGACAAGCAACUGGGGUUCCUUCACAGCCCAGGAUCCCCACUUCAUGGCCUCAUUUAUGAUGAAGCCCGCAUGGACCCAGUUGGAAGUCGAGUUGCAGCUGUUACAUAUACGCGCAAAACUGGAGAAAGCUGUUGAGGUCGAGAAUCGGCUACUAUCCGCUGCUAUGGAGUCAUUGCCGCGUACUUCGAUCUUGUCUAAACCGCACUUGUUCAGCGGACAGCUGGAUCUCUCUCAGCUGGACAUUGGGGAUUUUGCAAUAUCGUUUAGGGAAUGUCCUUCGAAUAAAGGUCCUAUCUUCCAGCCUCUGAGGCAUGAUUUGGCGAAGGCGACUUCUACUUACCUCGCGGAGGGUAAGGUUGUCACGACGAAAGUCACCUGGAGCUUCACGGAUAGCAUUGAUGAGGCAAUGCAUUAUUCGAAUGGGAUCAUUCUUGUGGCGGACUUCUCGGAUGACUCUCGUGUUUGGGAAACGGCAUCGUAUAUAACGCCUCUGUCAAUCGAUCCUAAGAAAACAGAAUAUACGUUUCCCCCUGGAAGUCAGUUCGAGGUUCAAUCUGUCGAUGAAACAAUUUUGAUGGGACGAAGCCUGUUGAUAUUCAAGCUUCAACCAAAAUUCCUUCCAAUAUAUCCAGUUUUGCCAGUGAGGAGCAGCGGAUUUGAUGAGAUACUACCAUGUCAAUUUGAAAAGGGCGACGUCGCUCGUCUGAUUGGGACGCACACUCCUUCUCUAGAGCCCCCACAUGCUCUCAACAGCACGGGAGGCCGACGAUGCGACUGUUUUGUUACAGACGCACUUUAA